GAGGUGAUCGCAGUGGACUGGAAGGGCCUGAAGGAUGUUGACCAGAUCCCCAUGGACAGCACCAGCUCGUUGCAGGGGAGCAGCGUCCACCGACCGUCCACAGAGCAAACCCGGACAGAGUUCUCCUGGGACGUCAUCAAUCUCUCCAUGGAGGACACCACUUCUAUCCUCCCGAAGCUCAAGCGACACUCAAAUGCCUACGGCAUCGGGGCCCUGGCCAAGUCAUCAUUCUCAGGGAUCUCUCGAAGCAUGAAGGACCAUGUGACAAAGCCCACAGCCAUGGGGCAGGGCCGGGUGGCCCACAUGAUCGAGUGGCAGGGCUGGGGGAAGACCCCCACCAUCCAGCCCCAGCACAGCCAUGAGGCCGUGCGCCGAGACACUGAUGCCUACUCGGACCUCAGUGAUGGCGAGAAGGAGGCCCGCUUCCUAGCAGGUGUCAUGGAGCAGUUUGCCAUCUCUGAAGCCACGCUCAUGGCCUGGUCAUCCAUGGAUGGUGAGGACAUGAGUGUCAACUCCACCCAAGAGCAACUGGGCUGCAACUACAGCGACAACUACCAGGAGCUGAUGGAGAGCCAGGACGCCCUGACCCAGGCUCCCAUGGAUGGCUGGCCUCAUUCCUACGUGUCCCAGGGCAUGUACUGUCUGGGCUCAUCAGACGCCUGGGAGGCUAGUGACCAGUCUCUCAUCGCCUCCCCUGCCACCGGUUCCUACCUCGGCCCUGCGUUCAAUGACUCCCAGCCCAGCUUGCACGAGAUGGGGCCCCCCCACCCAGCCUCAGGCUGCUCCACCCAGGAACCCCCACCUUUGAUGGGGAUGGACUCGGACUGGGCUCCAAGUGGGGGCGUUGUGGACCUGGCUGGGGUCCCUGCCGAAGAGGAGGAGGAGGAAGAGCGGGAGGGCCAGGAGAAGAGGCCGCUGGGACCCGAGGAGGAGGAGGAAGACGCGGGGUGCCGGGACCUGGAGUCGCUGUCCCCGCGGGAGGACCCCGAGGUGUCCACUGCCCUCAGCCGCAAGGUGUCUGAUGUCACAUCCUCAGGAGUGCAGUCCUUUGACGAGGAGGAGGGCGAGGCCAACAACUAG